CGAGUGAAAGAGAGCGCGGCGGCGCAGUGCGGCAGAGAUUAAGAUACAUAAACAAAACGGCAAAGCAUGCGAAAAGGCAGCACAAAGCAGAGAAACAAAAACAAACGUCGGUGAGAAACCGGAAAAUUGCCAAUGCCAAAUGGCCGCGAAAGAGAGCGCAGUCGCGCUUGAGAGAGAGUGAAAGAGCGAGCCGAGUGCAAGUGCCGAGGAGACACGAGCUGAGGCGAAUGGCCACGAACAGACACGAAGCCCGGCGGCCGCGGCGAUUUCAGCGCACAGAAUCAUUCUCGAAAUCGCGCGCGAACCUUUCGCACCAGCAGACCGCAGAUACAAAGAUACAAAACCACAAGAAAUUCGCAAGACCGAAAAUCGCAAAAAAAUAGCAAGCUGAGAGUUUCCCCCGUUUGCAAGAAAAAAAGCGCCCAGGCAGCCAUCGAAAAGUGCAAGUGAAGUGUGGGAGUGAAGUUACUGCCGAGUAUAAAAGCGUAUAAAAACAAAUUAGGAACGAGGCCUAGUGGCCCAAAUUCAGAAAGCAAGGCAAGAAAGCAAAGAAGAUCAAGCGAAAAUUUGAAUAAUUAAAAAUAAACACGCGCCGUGUGAGAGAGUGUGAGUGUGCGUGCGGCGUAUCCGUCCGAUACGCGCCCGCUGACGUAUUAUCCCCCGAAUACCGUUAUAGCCGCCAACGCUGCCGGCCGGCUUUUUGUGCCCAAUUAACGCACAUUCAACAAAUUGCCAGGCGCGAAACAAAGAUAUAAAAUACAAACUGUUACAGCGACAUCGGAAUAUCGAGUUAAGCCCAGUUUAUCGGCCGUAAUAAAUCGCAAAAGUAAAAUUACCUUUCGUCUCAUUCAAUUUCGCUGCGGUUCGUUGUGUUGCAGUGCAAUUGAGGAAAUAAAGAGAAAAGUUUAUAAAUAAAUAUACAAUAUAGAAAUAACUGAAUGAAGAUGUUUGGCAUAAAACAUCACAAACAAUUGGUGAGCGAGAUCUUGAAAAUACGCGAAAAGGAACCAACUGAGCUGAAGAAGCGCCUGGAGGAAGUGCGUCUGCUCGAAUCGCGACGCUCCGCCCGCCUGGCAGAUCAGGAUCGCGACACAGACUUUGCCAGACUCGCCGACAUGAGUGGCGAACGCCGCAGAACCACCACACACAGUAUUGAGGUGCCAUCGCAGCUCACGGCGCAGCACAAUUCACGGAAACGUCCGCCCAGCGAUCACCAGGACUACAUCAGCGAUCCGAACAAGGACGAGGAGACAUGCCGUGCCGCUGAGAUUCUGUCUUCGAUGAAGCUGCAGAGCCCGCAUGGCGCCAUGGCCGACAAGUGCUCGAGUCCCGGCAGCAGCUCGUCGGCCUCCUGGAGUUCCGGUUCCGCUUCGCCGCCCCUCAGCGACGACGGCCACGCCCACCACAGCCCACACAUCAUAAUGUCGCCACACGAUGCGGCCAACGCACGCAUACGCACAACGUCCGUGUCCACGUCGGACGAGGGCAUUGUCAUUGACUUCAAGGAGGAGCGCAAGAAAAAGGAGAGUGCCAUGAAGUCUAUCAGCCCGCAUAGUGCCUCGACCACCAACCGAACUUCCAAAAAGUUCCGCUGCGUUUAUCCGAAAUGUAAUAUUGUGGAGCCCGAUCAGAAUAAAAUCAUUCGUCACAUUAGGAAAACACAUUUGGGCUCCGCGGACGAUGACUGCGAGAACGAGGAGGAGUUCUACUACACGGAUGUCGACGACGACGACGAGCAGGUGAAGCCCAGUUUGGCCUCCGAGCCGACGCUGAGUCACCGGGACAUGGCGCGUCCGCCGCACGAGGAUCCCGAGUACCAGAAGCAGAUUGUGGGCAACUUCAAGCAAGGACGCGCCGGGAGCCACUACAACCACCUGGCGCAGCCGCACGGCCGCACCAUCAGUGGCGGCAAAAUCCCGAGCACCCACCAGCAGCAGCUGCAGAACAACAACACCAGCUGCAUCCCCACUUCGCACCUGGACCACCACAACUACACCUCCUACAGCAUCUCCUUCGCGGGGACGGGGCUGGCUGCGGCCAGCGCAUCCGGCCCGCCGCUGGGCAAGCACGCUCGCUCCUCGUCCACCCGUCCGUCCCACUCGGUAGCGCCAUAUCCAUCGCCGACGUACGUCCAGCAGCAGCAGCAGCAGCACCACCACCACCACCACAGCAACAGCAGCAACCAUCACACGCACAACUAUGCCAGCAGCAGUGGCAACAGCAGCAACAGCAGCAGCAGCAGCAGUCCGGUGAUCCACAGCAACAGCAGUGCCAACAACAUGCUGCAGCAGCUGUCGCAGCAGAAUGUCACGGUCACGGCGCACCACAGCCAACAGCAGCAACAACAAUUGCAGCAGCAGCACCACCACCACCAUCACCACCAGCAACAGCACCAGCAGCAGCAGCAACAGCAGCACCUACUGUCCAGUGUGACAAUCACGCCCAACUACCAUCCGGCGCAGCAGCAACAACACCACCAACCGAUGCGCAGCCAACAGCAGCAUCAGCAACAUCCACAGACAACUGCCGGCAACCUGGUUGCCCACAACAACAACAGCAACAACAACAGCAACAACAACAACAACAACGGCAACAGCAACGGAAGCAAUCCGCUGCAGCAGCAACACAUGGCGCCACAGGCGGCCGUCAAGCAUACGCCCCAUUCGCCGGGAAAGAGGACGCGCGGCGAGAACAAGAAGUGCCGCAAGGUGUACGGCAUGGAGAAGCGCGACCAGUGGUGCACCCAGUGCCGGUGGAAGAAGGCGUGCAGCCGCUUCGGCGACUGAAAGCGACAGAAGUCG